UCAGAUGGAAACACUUUUUUCACCCUGUCAGAAGUGAUGAGGGGAGCUACGAGGCAAGAGCGGACUCGAUAGUGGAUGGAUCCGGUUGAGCGGAGAGACAAGUCCACCAAUGAGAGGAGCGGUGGAUGAGCGGAUGAGCCCUCGGUUCGACUGCGAUGGAUAGACCAUACUCGUGGGAUCAAUGCGGAUCAGUGCGGAAAGUUGAAGCGGGGGUGGGCGGGGCGACGGGGGCAGGAAGCAAAGCCCUGGAGGACUCGGACGACGGGCCCGGGUGCUUCUGCUGCGACUCGGACAGCGACGACAGCGCCGAGCAGGUGCGGAUCCGCAACACGAACAAGAAGUGCGCCCGCGGGUGUCUGAACAACAUCGUCGUCUGCUCGGUCGUCAUCUUGUACACCUUCUUCGGAGCGGUUCUCUUCCUCCUCAUCGAGGGCGGCGGGGUCCUCACCGUCGACGACAAGAUCCUCGACGAGUCCGAGGAGCCCUCCUUCCUCAACGACGAGAAGAUCUCGGCCGUCAAGCGGAACCUGGGCUCCUUCAAUAAUCUCACGCUCCAGUGGAUCGAGAACAUCAACGCCGAGAACCGCGAGCGCACCGUCGAGAACAUCUGGGACAUCACGGUGAACCUGAACAUCCUCUACCGGGAGAACUGGACCCGGUUGGCCGCCCAGGAGAUCAACCGGUUCCAGCAGCAGCUCGUCGAGCGCAUCACGCGGGAGGUCACCGCUGAGUCCGAGCCUCAGAUCCCUGUGCCUGUCCCGGUGCAGGUCGAGCGUCACCUCGUCGACUCCUCCUACCGGAUGGAUCAGUAUCCUCUCGAGUGGACACUCGCCAAGGCUUUCCUCUUCUCCCUCACCAUCAUCACGACAAUAG